AUGAGCGCCAGCACCACCACACAGCAACACGUGAAUCCACUGGACCUGCCUCUCCCUCGUGAGGCGCCACCGACAUCCAGGCGCAACAAGGGCAUUGCCGCUGGCCUGCGCCGGAGCUUGUCCGGUUCGAUCACCAUCCCGGAUUCCGUGUCGGAGACCGCCCUCAAGCAUCGCAACGGCCUGCGACGUCUCACCAAGCGGCUGCGCGAUGUGGAUCCGUCACUCCCGGCCCGCGCCACGUCCUUUGUGGGCAUGGGCGGAAUGAUCAUCCGCGAGAUCAGGGGCGGGUCGAGGGACGACGAAGUCUCGACCGCCACCACGACCACCACCACCACCAGAGCAGCGCCCGAGACCAUGGUGGGACCUGAUGGAGUCGAAACGGUUAUUCCAGUUACCCCCGCCAGGACUGAAGAAGAGCGGGUGAGGCAAUGGCGUGACAGCGGUGAUGUGACUGCGCCCAUGAGCGCCGAAGACCUCGCCGGGGAUGCACUCGUGCACCUCACACAGCGCCUGGCCUCGGUCGUGCCGAUGAAAGGCUUGAACAAACCGGUGGGUAGUGUGCUCGUUGGCAACCAUCGCAAGAUCACCAGUAGAUGGCUCGAACUGUCCCGCAUCGCUGCCGACGUGAAGAAGCACAACGCCCACCUCGACUCGCUGCGAGCUCGAUCGAGAGACUACGCCUCCGUUCUGCAGACAUCGUCUCAGACCGCAGUCACCCUGCGCGAACGCGUGCGAGCCGUAUUGGUGGCCAUCCAGGGAAUCGAAUCGGCCGCUGCCUUCCAAGACGCCCAGAACAUGAACGCCUACCUCCAGCUCCUAAACGAGGAAGCGAAUGUGAUCGCCCAGAGGCAGGAGCAGCUCAUGGCCGGUCUCAUGCAAGAUGCUGAGAUGAUCGCCAAGAGCGCGCGUCGCGCUCACUCACGCUCGUCCCUCUUUGCUGUGUCUGCACUGGGAGCCCUCGCUGCCGGCGUCGUACUCACGGGCGGAGCUGGUCUGCUUGUGGGCGGAACUGUAGCCACGCUGACGGCGAUUGCCGGUGGUGGAAUGCUCACUGGCCUCACCUGCGGAGCGCUAUUGGACGCCUCUGAUGCCCACGAGAAGAUCGAGAGGAGUAUGCAGGAGAUGCAGACGGUGAGCGAGAGGGCCGGGUCUUUGGUGGAGGGCGACGCCCGCGUCUGGCGCUCCAUCGGCCUGGCGUCGCGCAUGGCCGAAGGUCGAGUCCGCAGCAUGCCGAGCGUCUUCCAGUCCGCCCAGUGGGCGCAGAUCCAGCCGCAGGUCAUGCAGAGCCUGCACGAAGCACAGCUGCUUCGCACGCUCGACAUCUACGUGGUCUACCUGUUCAGUUCUGGGUUCGCCAUCCCCGGCAUCGACCUGGCCAAUAUCAUGGACGGCCCCACCAUCGCCGCCGCCCGCCGGGAGUUGGCGGCCAUGGACGCCGCAGUGCUUCCACUUCCCGCCGCCCCACUCGCCCCCAUGUAG